UUCCACGAAAUGCUGCUGCUCUUCAGGCUGCUUGUGGAAAAGGAGCACGAGAUCUAUUGGCUGUUUCAGUUUUUCCUACAAAAAACAGAGAACAGCUGCAUCAUAAAUGUUGGGGUGCCGAAGAACCUGGUCAUUCUGAAAGCCUUGAUUGCAUUUAUGGAUCCAAUCUUUGCAAAACACCUGGAAUCAAAAGGCCAGGUGGUGUCGUCAUUGUUUCCUUGGUUCUGUCUCUUUUUCCAGCGUGUCUUCAAGUCUUUUGAGGAUGUCUGGAGAAUGUGGGAG